UCCCUUUGAAGCGUACUGAAGAACUUGAUCGGUGUUGGCCACGUACUUGAUAGCUAUGGCGAACACCGGCAAGCAGGUUGUGUUCUCCAUAUGUGUGGUUACAUGUUUGUUAACGUUCACUGUGAUCGGUCUUGUGGACAGUCAGGAACAUGGUCACAGCCACGAACAACCCGACGAAAAUCCGUCGUUUAAAUAUUCGAAGAAAGCAAAUGUAGAAGAUCACGGACACGCACACGGAGGCGAUCAUCAUCAUGGUCAUGCUCAUUCGGACCGACGGCACGGACAUGCACACGGACAUGCACAUGGACAUGCCCAUGACACCAAACCCCCAGUAGUCAACAAGAGUGUCCAUAAAGAAACUGGCUUGAUGCUUUGGGUACAAGCCAUAGGGGCCACAUUUAUCAUCAGCAUAUCGCCUGUAUUUAUUCUAUUAUUUAUUCCAUUAGAAAACACAAAGGAAAGUUCACCAUUGUUAAAAGUUUUACUGAGUUUUGCCUCUGGUGGUCUCCUUGGUGAUGCAUUCCUCCAUCUAAUCCCCCAUGCUGUAUCGCCCCACAGCCAUGGCGAGGACCACUCCCACAGCCAUAACCAUGGACAUUCUCAUGACGGGGAAGGCGGACAUUCACACGAUAUGUCAAUUGGUUUAUGGGUACUUGCUGGUAUUGUUGCUUUCCUUAUUGUGGAGAAAUUUGUACGCUAUGUUAAAGGAGGACAUUCACAUUCCCACAGCCAUGGAGCUGGUCAAACUGUAGCCAAAAAGGAAACGAAAAAGGAUUCCAAAUCAACUGAUGAAGGAAAAACCAACAAGAAAGACGACAGUGUCAGUAAAAAAGACACAAAAAGUGCAGCAGCAGCUGAACCAGUAGAGGAUAUUAAGGUGGCUGGCUACCUCAACCUCGCAGCAGACUUCGCCCACAAUUUUACAGAUGGACUGGCGAUUGGAGCAUCAUUUUUGAUGGGUCGUAACCUUGGCAUUAUCACCACUAUCACAAUAUUUUUGCAUGAAAUUCCACAUGAAAUAGGAGAUUUUGCCAUUCUAGUCCAGUCUGGCUGCACAAAGAGAAAGGCAAUGAUGUUGCAGUUCUCUACAGCUAUUGGUGCUAUGUUGGGAACAGUAUGCAGUUUACUGGCCGAGGGUGUAGGUGAAGCAGCUACAAUCUGGAUCCUUCCAUUUACCGCGGGGGGCUUUAUCUACAUCGCUACAGUGUCUGUUAUACCCGAGUUACUAGAGGACUCGACACUAGGCCAAUCUGUAAAGGAGAUCAUAGCUCUUCUUGUCGGCAUUUAUAUGAUGGUUCUCAUAGGGCAGUACGAGUAGGAAGUAUCGGCAGCACAAAAUGGCUACAUUACAAAAAGAAACAGAUUUCAUAAAACAUUUUAAAGAGUCUGUUGAUAAAAUAUUGCUGUUUGUUGUUGUGUGCUUGGGGAUAUCAUGUGCUUUUUUUUAAAUUUCAAUUUUCUCAAAUACAUGAUGUGUGCUGUAUGUAUUCCACGAGUGAGAUGAUUAAAGGAUCGAUCAUAAAUACAUGAUUGCAGAGCUAUGAUGUGCCAUUGUAUCAGUUUGUUUGUUGGUGUAAAGAGAGGGAGAGAAUAAAACAGAUUUACAGUAGAACAUCUAUCUAUUGGUGUUAGACCUAUUCAUAUGAAUGCUACCAUUUCGAGUUGUCUCCCUUGACUACAAACAUUUAGUUUAUCAAAUGAAGUUAAUAAUGUUUGGCAAUACUUUUGAUAUGAAACUGCUCCAUAGAGCUAUAAGCAUUCAUAAUUAUAUCAUAUUUGUAAUUGGAAUUUGAAGCAGUAAUAUUAUAUUUUAAAAAAGGCAUAAUUAUUUUCUUAUGAUGAUCGUAACCCCUGGAGUAUUCAUGAAGAUGGAUUAUUGUAUCCGCUACACUUGACAUUUAAAGUUUUCACCAAAGAAUUGUUCUAUAGUUAAAAAGUAGAAGUUGUAUUUCAGACCUCUGUACAUGUUUAGUUGGAAAUCAGGCUAGUGGUAAGAUUGUGACAUGUCAGACUUGACCAGUGGUCACUCAGGGUAGAACAUGUUAGGGCUUACUGAUUUAUACCACUGAAUAUGUAAUUUUUGGAAAGUGUGUUGUAUGUUACAGAUGUAGUAUUGUGUUGUGUGUUACUAAUGUACUGUAGUCAUAUAUUAUCUAUCUACAUCAUGUCACAAACUUCUAUCAUCACAACACAGACACUAGUACUAACAUUCCUAUUCUAAUUCCAACAUAUGUUGAAGUCAUCAGAUUUUACAGAACAAUACAAACUACAAAAGCUCCUACACAUGAUAGGUAUGUACAGUAGACUAUGGUGCUACCUGUGUUUUAUAGGAAUCUAGAAUGUAUAUUUACAUUAAUAAUGUAUAACCUCCUGGUUAAAACACUGCAUGUAUCAUGAAUCUCUGUAAGGUACAUGUACCUGUACUCGUUUUAAGUUAUUAGAUCAUAUGAGAUAAACUUGUGUAAGACUUGUGUAGUCUGUACAGUCUACUGAUAUCAUCAAAUUGUACUCGAUCAGCUGACUGUCGCCUUACACUCCAGGCUGAUCAUAUCUGCAGUUGUAGACAACCGUAAUGUUUGUGUAGAAAUACCAUGAAGACAGCCGUAAUGUUUAUGUAGAAAUACCAUGAAGAAUGUUUUUGUCUACAUAUAGACUUGUGAUGGAUGAGUGGAUAUGUUUCUGGUUGUGGGAAAUAAAAAUGCUUUACUUUAAUUGACCGUUACUUUAGUCAUGUAUGAGACAUAGCAGGAUGGGAUCUUCCCCGAUAUAUAUAGAUUCUGUAUAUACAAAGUGUUUCAGAUCACAUGAUUUUUUUUAGAGAAAACAGAUCAAAUAGAUUGAUGCUGAGUAAUUCAAUCUUCACCAUUCUGAUUUAGAUCCUACAUCGCUAGUCAUGUGAUACACUUUACUGUCAGGUAGAUACCACAGUAACAAUAAGGAACAUAUGUUACCACAGUAACACUAUAAGGUACAUUUUACCAUAGUAACAGUAUAAGGUACAUUGUUACUAUAGUAACACUAAAAGGAACAUUGCUACCACAGUAACACUAUAAGGAACAUAUGUUACCACAAUAACUCUAUAAGAUACAUAUGUUACCAUAGUAAUACUAUAAGGUACAUUGUUACCAUAGUAACAGUAUAAGGAACAUUGUUACUGCAUUAACACUAUACGGAACAUUGUUACUACAGUAACACUAAGGAACAUUGUUAGCACAGUAACACUAAGGUAUAUGUGUUACCACAGUAACACUAAGGUAUGUGUGUUACCACAGUAACACUAAGGUAUAUAUGUUACCACAGUAACACUAAGGUAUAUGUGUUACCACAGUAACACUAAGGUAUAUAUGUUACCACAGUAACACUAAGGUAUAUGUGUUACCACAGUAACACUAAGGAACAUUGUUAGCACAGUAACACUAUAAGGAACAUGUGUUACCACAGUAACACUAAGGUACAUAUGUUACCACAGUAACACUAAGGUAUGUGUGUUACCACAGUAACACUAAGGUAUAUAUGUUACCACAGUAACACUAAGGUAUAUGUGUUACCACAGUAACACUAAGGUACAUAUGUUACCACAGUAACACUAAGGUAUAUAUGUUACCACAGUAACACUAAGGUAUAUAUGUUACCACAGUAACACUAAGGUAUAUAUGUUACCACAGUAACACUAAGGUAUAUGUGUUACCACAGUAACACUAAGGUAUAUCUGUUACCACAGUAACACUAAGGUAUAUAUGUUACCACAGUAACACUAAGGUAUAUGUGUUACCACAGUAACACUAAGGUACAUAUGUUACCACAGUAACACUAAGGUAUAUAUGUUACCACAGUAACACUAAGGUAUAUGUGUUACCACAGUAACACUAAGGUACAUAUGUUACCACAGUAACACUAAGGUAUAUGUGUUACCACAGUAACACUAAGGUAUAUGUGUUACCACAGUAACACUAAGGUAUAUGUGUUACCACAGUAACACUAAGGUAUAUAUGUUACCACAGUAACACUAAGGUAUAUGUGUUACCACAGUAACACUAUAAGGUACAUCUGAUACUGUAUUUACCAAAGGAACUCUAUUAGGUGCAUGUGUUAACAUAGUUACUCUUAAGGUAUCAUAUGCAAAAACUUGUUCAAUUUAAAGAUAACGUUGCCUAUAUAAUUGUAUAUGGUGCAUUUUGUAAAAGUAAAUUGUUGAAGUGCCACACAGACUAAUACUAUAAAUUGACUUUAUUUGCAUUAGGCAAUAUAUAUUGUGGUACAUAAAUACAAUGAUAUGAUCAAUACAUUAUGGUACAUGCAUUAAAUAAAUGGUGAAUGAGAAGUG